UUCCUCUGCACUCCUCUCCUUCUGCACUGAUUCUGAGGAUAACAACACGCUCGUUCUGUACAGACCGCCUGUGAAACUUUAACGCGUUUGACUCGGCAGUUACGCGAAACUUUCUGUGUUUUUUUGACAGAGGGUUUGCUGUUAUGAUGUUGUCUCUAUAUUCUCUGGUCAUUCUGCUUUCUUCUGUGAGUGUGUGUGAGCACAGGGUCGGUUCUGAUCCGGUUCCUCUGGACUCGAGCUCCAGGUGUCACUCCGGACUCAAACAGCUUCACGGACAGCAGGUGACCGUCCACCUGCCGCCCAACAUCACGGGACACUGGGUGUCCAGCAGCUGCGAGGUGCGACCCGGCCCGGAGUUCAUCACCCGCUCCUACCGCUUCUUCCCCGACGGCAGCUUCCAGGCGCUGCAGUUCUACUACCAGGACCCUGACUGCAGCGAGCCCAGCUACAGCCUGCUGAUCCGGGGCAGCGUUCGGCCGCUGCAGGCCUCCUGGCUGGUGCGCGGAGGAGCCGUGUGCGAGUACCACCUGAGCCGCGUUCAACUGCUGUGUCACGGCCCCAAGGCGGCGCUCAUCCAGCAGCGCCUGCAAUCGGCCUGCGACCUGCGGCAGCCGCUGCGGCCCGGUCUGACGUACGAGCUGUGGGACGAGCACUUCAGCAUGCAGGAGCUGCAGCUGAUGCGGCUGGAGCGGAGCGGUCACCAUGGCGACCCCAGCAGACAGAUAGAGGAGCUGUUCCUGGGAGACGUUCACACGGUGCGCGCUCAGAGGAGACUCCACCAGCCCGCGGGCUACCAGACCCCCCUACAGAGCGCCAAGGCCGAGCGCUGUGGAGUCUGUCGGAUCGUGUCUUCGGCGGAUCUUCAUCAUCCUCCGGUGCUGUCAGCUCGGCCCGAGCGUCCGGUGCGUCUGCAGGGAGACUGGGUGAGCACGCGGUGCGAGGUGCGUCCGGGAGUCCUCUUCCUCACCCGACAGCUGACCUUCCACGAGGACCGCCAGACCUGGACCGGACAGUACGAGCACUUCUCUGACCCGGUCUGCCGUCACCCCACCUUCAGCAUCUCAGCCAGCGGACGCUACAGCCGCGGAGCUCCAUCUGCAGACAUCGGGGGCGCCGUCCAGUUCACCUUCACCGUGACGCACAUGACGGUGACGCCCAUGGAUGAGGCCACCGCGUCUCUGCUGAAGGUGCUCCGCGGGCGUGCGUGUGGGGCCGAGGGCUCGUGGCAGCGGGGCGUUCCCCAGGACGUGACCUCCACCUCGGGCUGCGCGGCGCUGGGCGUGCGUCUGCCUCACACCGAGUACGAGCUCUUCAGCAUGGGCCAGGACCCGUCGGGACGCAGCCUCCUCUACAAUGGCCAGAGACCCAGCGACGGCUCCAGUCCGGACCGGCCCGAGAGACGGCCCACCAGCUUCCAGCCGCCGCUGAUCCGCUGCAGCACUGGGCAGACGGGCGAGCGCCGCGGGGGGCGAGAGGGAGACCAGCGCUUCACACUGAACGCCAGCUGCGGCUCAAACACACUGCACGGACUCGUGCCGCUGAUCCUGCUGCUAGUCUUCAUGUAGAGACCGAGAUCGCCCAGUUUAUCCCGUUUGCACUAGCUCACCAAGCUGCUCGCACGAUUUAGGAUCAAAACGUGACCAAAAACUAACCAUCCAACAGACUCCCUUCAUUGUGCUUUGGGCAGCUUGUGAAGGUCGUGACCCAUGCAUGCGCUCUGAUCCUGUACAGCGUCACAUUCACUGGAGCUCAUCAUUCAUCAGCAAUCACAGUUCAUGCUCUAGAUUCACAGACGCUCCAGAGCUGCUGAUUUCAUGCAGAACCGCCGUCUGCAGUCAGUGUUGGAUUGUGUUUUAGAGGACCCUAUUGAAACCCUGUCCCAUGACGUCCACAGAAAUGAACACAGAAUGAACACGUGAUCAGGGUUAUUAUCGUUAACU